GUAUGAAUCAACUCAACACACAACCGAUAGGAAGUAACAAGCUAGCUUUUUUCAAUUUAUUAUUAUAAUCUGAGGAUUAUACUUUGUUGUUUCCAUAUAAUCAUAGUAUUACGUGUUAUUGUCCGCCACCAGCUUUGCUAUGCCUAUGUAUUAACAGAAAACAGGUUAGAUUAGAAGCAGAACCAAAGUCAGAACAAUGAGCGACAAACUGAAGGAGUUGAAAGAAAGAUCUCAGAAAAGAAAGAAAUUACUAGCACAAACGUUUGGAGUAUCCAACGUUGCUGAAUUGAGACAAGCUCUUGGUACUUCAGUAGAAAGUCCACAAAAAAAGGUUGUACGUACAGAAGCACCUCCGGCAGAGGUUGCCGAUGACAUUGACAAAUCCAAGGAGGACACAACUACGGAUGAACUUGUCUACAAAGACUCCUCAACAUUUCUAAAGGGUACACAAUCAUCCAAUCCUCAUAAUGACUAUUGUCAGCAUUUUGUGGAUACAGGCCAAAGACCACAGAAUUUUAUUAGAGAUGUUGGAUUGGCUGAUAGAUUUGAAGAGUACCCCAAGCUGCGUGAACUCAUCAAGUUGAAGGAUGAUUUGAUAGCGCAAACAGCAUCUCCUCCAAUGUUUCUCAAAUGUGAUUUGCAAAAUUUCAACUUGAAAGAUUUGAAUAAUCAGUUCGACGUAAUAUUAGUGGAACCUCCUUUGGAAGAAUAUCAGCGCACUAUGGGAGUGACCAAUAUGCAGUUUUGGUCGUGGGAUCAGAUAAUGCAGCUUGAUAUUGGAGAACUGACGGAUAAUCGAGGUUUUGUGUUCCUGUGGUGUGGCUCGUCAGAGGGACUCGACAUGGGCCGGUUCUGUCUGCGCAAGUGGGGCUUCCGAAGGUGCGAGGACAUUUGCUGGAUCCGAACUAACACUCAACAUCCGGGACAUUCUAAAAAUUUGGAAUCAAAAGCCGUUUUCCAAAGGACAAAAGCUUGUUUUCAGGAGCACUGUUUGAUGGGCAUCAAGGGAACUGUGAGGCGGUCCAUCGAUGGAGAUUUCAUUCAUGCCAACGUUGAUAUUGACUUGAUUAUUAGUGAGGAGCCAGAAUAUGGAUCUCUAGAAAAGCCUGUCGAGAUAUUCCAUAUAAUAGAACACUUUUGUCUGGGAAGAAGAAGGCUGCAUAUAUUCGGCAGAGACAGUACAAUACGUCCCGGCUGGCUGACGGUGGGGCCCGAGUUGACCAACAGCAACUUCAACGCGGAUACGUAUGCCGGCUACUUCUCGCCGACCACGGUGACAACCGGUUGCACUGAGCGCAUCGAGGCACUGCGGCCCAAGUCGCCGCCUCCCAAGGGCGGAAAGGCGGCCGGAAACCGCUCCAGGCCGGGUCAUGGCGGCGCGUUCAACCGCGGUCGCGGCAGAGGUCGAUAGUCUACCUCCGCUCCUCUUGGGUUGAGAGUUGAGACAUUAGCACGGCUGCUGAGAUUAUCUCAAUAAAUAUUUAUGCUAUGCAGGGUGUCCCACGAAAGGUGUAACAGCCGAAGAACAACACAGAUUCUACAUUAAAUUUGCAAUAAAAAAUGUUCAGUAAAAUUUUCUUGUAUCAAACUUACUUUUCGAGAUUUAUAGAUUUUUCUAUAUUUUUUAAAAACGUCAAUAACUAUAAAACUAUCAAACAAAAUCCAAAUUCUAAUGGUUGGAAAGAUGAAGAAAUUUUUCCAAUAAAAUGCAUACAAUUUGUUCCUUUGUUUGACGUUUUUGAACUUUUUUAUGAGCAUUCAAACUCUUUGAAAUUUGGCUUUGAACUCGACGAAUGUAAUUUUUUCAACGUUGAGCAAUCAUAAAAAGUUCAAAAACGUCUAUCAAAGGAACAAAUUAUAUGAAUCUUUUUCGAAAUUUCUUCCUCUUUCCAACCAUAUUCUUAGAAUUACAUUUUGACGUAUAGUUUUCUAGUUAUUGACGUUUUUCAAAAAUAUCGAUUUAUUUCGAAAACUAAGGUCGAUAUAAGAAAAUUUUACUGAAGAUUUUUUGUUGUAAAUUUUGAGUAGAGUCUAUGGUCUUCGGCUAUCACAUAUUUCGACACUGUAUAAAUAAUACUCAUAUUAAUAAAUAUUUAGGCGAUUUUAUGAAAUAAGACAGAUUCCCACUUAUCAGUAAUAGUGAACAUGUCCGUUACAGUGAGAAUAUUAUUCCCAUAUGGGACUAUUGAUACUCGCUCGACCGGGCGGAGUGGGAAUAUUCCUAUUAAAACUCAUGGGAAUUAUCCUUUCACUCUAUCGGUCACUGACUCUGAUACUGAUAUGUGAAAAUCCACCUUAAAGCAUUAGAAAUGCACGGUUUCAAACGUGGCCGAUAACACCUCUAAAUACGAAAAUACCUGCCGUUGAUAUUGUACCUACUAGAUACUCACCCAUUGAAUUUAUCCUUAAAACUUAUAAUCUAUUGACAAUUCCAGUUAAUUAUUAGGAAUUUAUAAAAAUAUUAUGUAUUGAAUGGUGAUUUACAAAAUUGAACAAUAGAGCAUUAGAAUGCACUUGCAGUGGUUUCAAACGUGGUCGAGGCACAGACCGAUUAUGAUAUUAUUCCCACUAACAUUUAAAAUAAUCACUCACUGGAUGUAAAAAGUUUUUUUUUGGAGAAUUAUUGAGUAACUCAAUGAUUCAUUUAUUCAAAUACCUAUUGAAUUUAGCUUUGAAACGUAUAAUUAUAAUCUAUUGUCAAUGCUAGUUGUCUAUGAAGGGUGUUUGAAAAAUAGAAUAUAUUGUAAGACGCUUUUCAUGAAAUAAACAAUUAGCAUUAGAAAUGCAGGCCAGUGGUUUCAGACAUGGUGUUAAAACAGGAUGAUAAUAUUAUCCCUACUAAAUACACAAUAUUGAAUUCAACCUAGAAACUUAUAUUCUAUUGACAAUGUUUUUAUGUUUAGCCUUGAAACUUAUCACUCAUUUAUAUUAAAAAUUGACUUUGAAUAGUGUUUCAAAAUAUGUAUUAAAUUUAAAUGACUGUAUCACAAUGAAUUAAUAUGUUAAACGUUUGAAUCAUUCUUGAAGCAGAGAUAAUCUUCUUUAAACAAUCCUUGGAAUCGGGCACAUGAAAACGUAAUUGUUAAAUUAAGAUUAGUUAUGAAUUGGAUUCAGGAAAUCUAAAAUCUGAUUGUCAACCCCCUACUUUGUAGAUCUAGAUUUUUGCAGAACUGAUAUUUUAUAGAUGUUGAUAUUUUUAAAGUAACACAUUUUUGUCAAACUUGUUUUGAUAUUAUGAAUUAAAAGAGUAUUUGAAAUACAAGAAGUACAUAUUGCUUUUUUACGCAAGUUUAAAUGUAAUUUCAUUAAACUAUAGUUGAAAAGUCCAUGUAAACACUAAGAAAAACUAUGAAAACAAAAACUGUGAGUCGAAAAAACCAGUAUAUUUGCAAAACCAGAUAAAUCACAAAAUUUAAGUUUUUCGGGAAACACAAAAACCAAAUUUAAAAUGAUAUUAACUCUAUGUGCAAGUUAUUCCUUCACAGUCAAAAUUCUGCCCUCAAGUCAAAUAAUUUCUAAGAUUAAAACCUCUGUUUUUUGUGUUUCAGCAUUCUCUGUAUAAUAUCAUGAUGACAUUUCGAAUUUUCGAAAAAAGUGAUGUAUACCUCAUGUGAUGUUUUUGUGCGUUCGAAUUAGUUUCAAAGUAUUUUUAUUAUUAAUUUCAAAAUAAAACACAUUACUUCUUAACUUUAA